CGAACGAGUACCUACCUAGUAUCCCGUCAUUCUUCAGUCGCGCAUACCCAUCAUGGCCGCCCGUCUCCCCGCCAGCUUCAUCGGAAGCUUCCUCGCUCGCUCUACUUCCCGCCAGACAUGCCGCUUCACCCGCAACGCCGUCACCACCACACAAUGGUCCUCCCAGCAGCUCUCGGGCAAGCCCAUCAGGGCAUACUCCUCCGACGCUGCCCCGGCGCCCGCUCCUCUCUAUGCCAAGCUGAAGGGUGACCUCAAGGUCGCCAUGCGCGCCAAGGAUGCGCCUCGCCUGGUCGUUUUGCGCGCCGUUCUUGCCGCUGUUCUCAACGCCAGCAAGACCUCUCAGCCGAUCGAGACCGACGCCCAGCUCGUUGCCCUCCUCCGCAAGACUGCCCGCACCUCCCAGGAAGCUGCCGACCAGUUCCGUGCCGCCGGCCGUGGUGACCUUGUCGAGAAGGAGGAGGCGCAGAUCCGUGUCCUUGAGGAAUACGUUGCCGGUAGCGGCGUCCAGGCGGUUGACGAGGCGGAGCUCAAGGAUAUGGUCCAGGCGGUUCAGUCGGAGCUGGCGGCCGAGGGUGUCGAUGCUAAGAUGGGCGAGGUUAUGAAGAAGCUUCUAGGCCCCGGCGGACGUCUCGAUGGCAAGGAUGUCGAGAAGACCCUUGUUGCCAGGAUCGUCAAGGAGGUUAUGGGCACCAAGGCUUGAUUGGACUGUGGUGGAUGAUAUUGGAGAAACACCACCGGCUCAAUGCGGCUUUACGGAAUUCGAUUCGACUCGACCCCCUUCCUUCCUUUACGUCGGAAUAUACGACCCACGAUACCGAUUCGAUUCAGUGUACUAUUACUAUUACAACCUUGUACAACAACAUAUUAAAACGGGCGACGGAUGGCUAGAGAUAGAGCAAGAAGAACAGUCGUUGGAGGCAUUAUGGAUGAUAUCACGAUAUAGUGUUGGAAGCAGAACAACGCCUGUUGGCACAUUGAGGGGGAAAAGCGUUCACUCUAGGAUGCCAGGCGAAAAAGGCGCAUCGCACACUGCUGUCAAUGUCCAUCUAGACGUUAUGGAAGAAUACAAUGUCUUCGCCAGGCGACGUUGAGAAAGGGAACAAUAUCCACCACUUGAACGAACACCCGCACACGGCCAACCCAAGCCAAUCAUCUUACUCGAGGUUUACAACAUGGCGGUGCUGCUGUUCCAGAGCAUUUCCCACUCCAUGAUCUGGCGAGGUUACGAAUACUGCCCGACCUAGUCGACCAUCU